CGAGACGACGAAGAGAUAAACCCAAAUGGAAUGGACCACCAGAAACCAAACCGUCGUCAAGAGGAUCGGAGGGAGGGCCGGAUCGGAGGGGCGGGCGCUGGAAGCCACGGUCUGCUUUUAGGGUUUCUCUCCCCUCGCCGAGACAGACAAGUACUCCACCACACACACGCGCCCUACCCACGAAAUUCACAAACCCACCGGAGGCACAGAAAUUUCCCAGGCAAGGAAAAAUCCCGUCCGAAAUCCAGCGCUCCAAAUCCGUUCGUCUCCUAGGCGCUCCCCCGAACCCGUCACGAAUCCCUCAGAUCCCCGCUGAAAUCCCUCAAUCCUCCGUGCUCGCCGCCGCCGCCUCCUCCCUGCGACAGCCGCGGCCGCGGAUUUCCACCCGAGGGUUUCGUCUCGCUCUCGCUCUCUCCGCUCUACUGCCUCCACAGAUUGGCGCGACCGACCCGUCAUCGAGGACCUUCUUCCGCCCGAGAGGCCGGGGCUCCUCCCGCGGAAAUUCACUCUCGUUCAGAGGCGGCGCUCUCCUCUUCAUCGCCGCCCCCGCGCUCUGCUUGUACUGGAGUGGCGCGGGGUGGAGAUCCACCCGGGCGUGGAUCGAUUCCUCUUCGUUUCUUCGUUCGGUGUUUUUUAUCCUUUAGGCGCGGAAUACCAAUCUAUAGAAGUGCACGAGGAGUUUUUAUAUCCCCGAUUUUUAGGGGGUUCAACUGAACUCCCAUGCCCCACGCUAAGUCCGCCCCUGGUGGUGGUGGACUGAAUUGGUGGACACUGUUGAUUUUGUCGUGGGCAUGGAGCGAAGUGAGCCCUCGUUGAAGCCAGAAUGGCUGCUGCGGCCCACAGUACCUGCCACGACCCAUAAGCCGGUGACUUCGCCCCGCGCAGAUGAUCACGGCAGGGGUGCUUCAUCAAGAAACCGUUCAUCGGGACGAGAUCGUGAUCGGAGCUCCCAACAGUCCUCGUCUCGGAGGGGUUCAAGCUCUAGUGGUUCAAGGAGGAAUGAUCGCGAUGGUACAGGGAAAUCAAGAGGCUAUGGUAAUUUUGGAAAGCACAGCAAGGAUAGGAUACAAGAAAAGGACUUGGAUUUUCGUGAACGGGAGAGUAGGUUGGUUCAACCAGAUGAUCCUUUACGUGAUGGCUUUGAGUCCUUUAGCUCAUGCAGAUCUGAAAAGGACAGGCUUAACCGUACUCGUUCAAAGGUGGCCAUACCAAAUCGGGCAGGAGUAAGUUUAGACAAUGGUAAUGUAUCUAAAAAAGAUAAUGGUGUCAUCUCCUUUGAGCGGGAAUUUCCACACCUUGGUUCUGAGGACAAAAAUGGAAAGCAAGACAUAGGUCGAGUUCCGUCUCCUGGAAUUAGCACGCCAAUUCAGAACAUACCAUUGGUAGUAUCUGAUGGCUGGAAUUCAGUGCUUGCAGAAGUACCUGCCUUAGUAGAUCCAAACAUUAACUCUGUUUCCUCUUCCUCAUCACCCGCUGGUUCUAGUAAACCGAUUGAAGUGUCCAACUCUGGGAGUGCGUUAAGCAUGGCUGAAACAGUGAUGCAGUCACCGUUAAAUAUUUGUACCACACCUCAGUUAUCAAUUGAUGCUCAGAAGAUUGAAGAAAGAACUAUGAGGCAGUGCAUUUUAAGACCUCUAACACCAUCGUCAAACAAAAUAUCUGCAUCUAUUUCCUUGGAUAAGUUAUUAAAAUCCAAAGGUGCAAGAGCUGGAGAGUCUAAUGGACCUAUCAAGGUUGCUCCACAGCUGUCAAUACAGCCAUCUAGCAACUCUGUUCGCACUCCAGUCAAAACUGAGCUCGUAAAGCAAUCUCAAUCAGGCAGCCUUCAAGUCCUUAGCCGUGAGCAGAAUGGUACUGUAAAUACUGCUGCCAAAGACAUCACCAGCAACAAUCCUGUGAGCCCUGUUUUGGGUCGAUCUUCUUCAAUGGAACCUAUGAGAAAGUCUAUUGUCAACCCAAAGCUUAAGGUUGGUACUAAUGGCCGUUCUUUGCAUCCUCUGCAAGGUUCAUUUGCAGACAGAAAAGCAAGUGCAAAAGACAAGUACAAAUUUUUUGAGUUGUUGCGAAGUAAGUCUGUAAAUGGUUCAAGCGCUGCUAUUGAGUCUCCAUCUAGCCUGACUGAUGAUCAGCAGAACUCUAAUCUUGAUUUGCCUUUCAAGUUUAUUGAAAAUGGGAACAGUUCCUGUGAAGAAGCAAAUUCUUGUGAGGGAUCACAGCGACACUUGUCGGACAAUGAGGAAAUUAUUCCACCUUCAGAAUCUCAUGACGUUUUAGAUGAGGGAUCUCUGGGGAUUCAAGUUGACGACAAGGGUUCCAGCUCUUCACCAGUACUUGGCACACAAGAUAUAUCUUCCAAGAAGCCCCAGGAAGACAAUGUUGAUAUUGUUGUACCUGUUUAUGUAAAUGAUGGUUCUGUGAUGCCCAAUUCUGUUGACAAUGAAGCAAGAUUGCUGUUGGAGGAAGCCAAUCCUGCUCAAGUGUUACAGCACAUUGAUGCAAGGGAGGAGAAUCCCUGUCCUGCUCAAGAGUUCGAGUCCAUAGGGGCAGGUGGGGAGGAAGAGUUGAACCUCCUGAGAUCUAUGGGCUGGGAUGAGAAUGAAGAGGUUCAGCCUCUUCAGCAGGAGGAGAUUGCUGAUUGUGUAAGGCAGAACGUCAGGCUGCAGCAGAAGCUUCAGGAAUGCAGGGGCUGAUCGCCGAAUCAAUGGAGCAACGUCACUGUGCGUCACCAUGCUGAGAAGAUGUGGGCCGCGUGGAGGGAGCUGGGUUUUGGACUUUUGGUACCUUCCGGGCAACCGAUCAGAUAAUGAUUGUCUCUAGCUUAGCAAAUGGAGAGUUUUGUUUUUGUUAAUGCUUGUUCAGCAUUGUGGGGGAAGGUUUCCUGGUAGAGCUGACAAUUUUCCCCCAUUGAGAAGAGGUUUUAGGGUUUCUCUUCCUCAUUUUCCCAGAAGGAAUACACCAAAUGGAAGUCUUGUCUGGUGUUGGAGGCACAUAGGUGUGCGUUGCUCUCAAAGAAGAAUAGGUUGUCUCUUACUUUUCGCCGCUAUGUUUUCUUUUUUGGAAAAAAGGGAAAAAAGAAUGAUCCAGCUUAACAUGAAAAAGGUGCACAGGGAUUGCCUUGGUCUUUAA